AUCCACAAAGCCACUGUAGUAAUUGAUGAAAUUAACCAAAUCAAAGCUGCAUUAUCAUCAUCUCCUUUGAACUUCAUGAUCUACCAAGUCUGAGGUUUACUGUGGCAUCUGUUGAAUUUCAUCUGCCUUUGAUCUCUGCUCCCCCCAUUCAUUACUAUGGGUAAUUGUUUUGUGGAACUGUGAUUUUGGACAUGAAAUGUGAUAGGGAACUUCGAACUGUGGAGUGCAGCUAGAUCUUAUUGGAAAAAUAAUUUUUUGCAGUUUUUGUCAAUUGUUUUCACCAUGGUUAAUUGAAUUGAUUAUAAAAGUUUAUUGCGAACAGUCAGUGUAUUAGUUGCUAUGGGUAAGAUCCAUUUAUAACCUAGAAAAUGUGAACUGUAUGAAGUGCUAAAUUAACUUGCCCUGUUUCUUUUCUCUCUUUUUUCACACUGAAUUGGACUAAAUACUUGAAUGCAGCCUGGCAUUAUUUUUAACUACCAGCCUUUAGAAAUGUAGAGAGUGAGGGAAAAAAAACCCACACAGUGUUUUAUGUCGGUACUCUGAGUCUUGGGUCAUUGUGAAUUAGGUGGGAACAAAAUACGGCCUAGCUUUUAGAGAGCGUGUUCUACUUGUUGGAACAGAUUGUUCUUGCACUCCUCUUCAAUUUUCAUUUAUUUUUGUCAUUUCACUUCUCCCAUGGUGUCUGCCUUCAGUCACAGUACCUGUGUGGCCCUGUUCCAUGCACAAUUCCAGGAUUUAGUUCAAUUGUACAUCACAUUAAAAUUUGAUGUCAGCAAGUGCACGUCUUGCAAUGAUGUAGGACGUGAGAUUUUAAAAGUGUGAAACAGCAAUACAACAAUAGCUUUUUCAGCUGUAGACCUUGUGACACAGUUUGUAAUUUCAAAAUCAUUAUACAGGUCUAUUUCCUGUUUCUUUAACAGGCUCUGUUAUAAUUUAGCUAUUACUCAUUAAUGUUUUCCCCUCCAGCCUUUGGACCAUGUCUCGUCCCCUUCCCUGUUCUCCAGUUGGAAAAUUGUCCUGUGCCAAAAAAGCAACAAAAGCUUCUACCUGUGGAGUUUUAAUCCCUGUCAGGGUUUUCACAUAAUCCUUUGUGUUUCAGAUGUUGCUGUUUUUUCUAAAUUUGCAGCACACUCAAUCUGUGUGUCCCACAUCAAAGACAGUUUUAAAACAUGAAGAUAAACAGCCAGAUCUCCACACCUCUUAACAGUGUAUGUGUGGCAACAACAUGUCUGUGCCGCUGCUCACCGAGGCCGAGACGGUGUCCGCGACGGAGAAGGAGACCGCGGCGGUGAUCUUCCUUCAUGGGUUGGGAGACUCCGGGCAUGGGUGGGCAGAGUGUCUGAGAGGGAUCCAGCUGCCUCAUGUGAAGUUUAUCUGCCCCCACGCGCCCAGAAUCCCAGUCACUCUCUGCAGGAACAUGAUGCCUGCUUGGUUUGACCUCAUGGGUCUCACCCCCGAAUCCCCAGAGGAUGAAUCUGGAAUCAAGAAGGCAGCAGAAAACAUCAAGGCCAUCAUCGAACAUGAGGCUAAAAAUGGGAUUCCACCACACCGCAUAAUUCUCGGCGGCUUCUCUCAGGGUGGCGCGCUGUCCUUGUACACCGCUUUGACCUGCCAGCAUCAGUUGGCUGGUGUUGUCGCACUCAGUUGCUGGCUUCCACUUCACAGCAGUUUCCCAUUGGGAUCGAGCGGCAGCAAGAACCUGCCGAUCCUGCAGUGCCACGGUGAGAUGGACGACAUGAUCCCCAUGCAAUUUGGAGCCAUGACGGCAGCGAAACUCAAAUCUAUAGUUAAUCCUCAUUUGAUCACCUUUAAUACCUACCCGGGGCUCUCUCACUGCUCCUGUCCUCAGGAGAUGGCGACUGUAAAGGAAUUUGUCGAGAAGUAUUUGCCCCGGAUCUGACCUCACCUCAUCUAAACUCCACUGUAACCUCCCUGAGACACUGACCUUUCACCCCUAAUCUCCCAUUCUCCCCAAGGAAACAGCCAUGAGCACCCCACCCCUUCCACAUAAACACACACACGUAAUAACAAUAAGUUGAUUUCACCCUGCUAAUCCAACCAUGCGCUUGUCGUCUAUAUCAGUUUCAGCAGACUCAUAGCCAAGUGCUUGCACUAACAAGUCUUAGCCUUUUGGAGGAAGAAAGCGCUGAUAAAUUUCCAUUGGUUUUAUAAAAGUCUCUGUCUGUCGCCUCUACCGUAACCCGAGUCAUUCUCCAAUUUGCCUCAAAUUUUGGCUUCAUCAUAGCUUCAUUUUCUUUUUGAACUUCCACUGCUGUGAUUUUACCUUUGGCGUCGCUCCGAUCAUUUUUAAGACAUUUAGUGGUUAAACAGUGGUGUGUGAUUUACUGUGUGCGAACACACCAAGCCGCAGAUUGAUUUCACCUCCAGUUAAUUUCUAUGCAGAAAAAUAGUUAAAGAGUUAACAUUAAGUGCAACUUUGAUACAGAAGGCUUAGAAACGGUAAAAAGAUGCAUUGUUCUGGAAAUAUUUGUGCUUUUUAACUGCAUAGCAGAGACAGAUUUAGUGAGGUUAAAGCUGCAGUCAGUGAUAUGUUUUGGUUAGUUUUUAGAAAUACAACAAUAACAAAACAGAAACACAUUACAAUGAUAUAGAUCAGACAUGUGAUAGCUGUCAGAAUAUAGAGCUAUUUAAAUGUAGACAUUAACUCAAGGAUUUCACUGACCGCAGCUUUAAUUGAGAACAUUUUCAAGAAAACUCUGUCAAUCGCUGUUGUCAAACCACUAAUGACGCUAGCUUCUGCAGUUUAUGUUUACAGCCCUGCACAUGCUAAUUCCUGAUCCUGACCCCUUAUUUGUGACAACUGAGUCAAUGUCACGUGGUUAAAUUUGGUCCAGGAGCAACAUCACUCACUCCAUUCCACCACCUACUGCCCCAAAAUAGUGCACUGCAGCCUGUCCAGGCCUUAAAUGUUAAUAUUUUCUCUUCAAACGCCUCUUUUAAUAUAUUUCCAACAUUUUUAUGACUUUUUAAUGAAUGUGAUUAAUCAUGUUGAGUCAUUAUAUGGAGAAAAUCCAAGUUAAAUUAAAGAAAGAUAAUCAACAGCUGCAUUUGUCACCCUAAGUUAUUUUAUUCAGCUCUGAUCUUGUCAGUUAAUUUAUAUUUGAAAUGAGUUGCAUCAGUCCAAGUGGUCGCAGACCCUCACAUAGGCAGCACGUCAUUUCUCCCACUGACGCUUCAUUUAUCAAACAUUCCCUCCCCACGAACAGCCUCCUCUUCAUUAAACCUAUUUGUUUAACAAUAGUUUCCGUUCUUUAAAACUGCAGUAAUGUAAUCCUCCCUCCUCCAUAUGAUCUUCCGCACCAACAAAGCAGUCCUGAGUUUAAACUAACACACAUUUAUCCACAAGAAAACAAGAAAAUAUUCCCUUAUCAGCUUACUCUUUGGCAAUUUACUGUAAACAACUAAUGUAACAUAUAGAAAACAUUUAAAGUUAAACCCAAAACUAUUGCUUAUUUAAAAAAUAAAAUAAAAUAAAUAAAGGCUGCACACCGAGAGGGCUAUGGCAAGAAGCAGAUCCAAUGUAAGUGUUGGGGGUGAUUUUACAAACAAAGAAGAAAUUAAAUGAUGAAAAGCUUGUAUUUCUUGGACAUAGUGUAACUGAGGAGUGCUGUGUGCAUAAGCGUAAAUAUAUCAGGUGUUCCGCGUUUUUCUUUGUGAAUGUAAAUUUUGCUCUCCUCGUGAUUUCCUGUUCUGUACUGCUGUUAUUAAACCAGAUUUUUAAAACAAACAAACAGUGGGGAAAGACAUCAGUUUUGAUUGUUGUUAACAAUUUAAUGAAUGUCUGUAACUCCUUGAGUGGGUUUUUAUUUUCUAGCAUCACUCGAAAUCUCAGAUGCAGCCCGGUGUUUUUGUUUGCUUCUCUGUAUUUAGUUUACCCUUUGACACCUUUUACGUCUUUUUAAUUAUUUGAAAAAUGUUCUUAAGUGUGACGAUGCUGCACGGUCUUGUGUUUUCAUCCAGGGUUGUAUGUUGUAGAUUUAAUCUUUUUUGUUUUGUUUUGUUGUUGAUUUUGCUAUUUGUUGUGUUUCGUCACCGUUCUCGUCUCCUACUUUUUGUGCCUGUUUAUUAUAAUGACCAUUAAGAAAACUUGCUGAGGUGAGACUGAUGGUCUUAACAAUAAUUUCUUUCCUAAACACCUGUAUGCGAAUUAAAUGACCGAAAAAUAAAAAUUGACUUGAGUUGA